GGAAGGUUCUAGAUUUAGACAUAGAUUUAAAAAAACAAAAAACAAAACUCUCUGUCUGUCUGUCUGUCUGUUAUUCUACAGGAUGCCCUCAGAGCCCCAUGAGUAAGGCCACUCUGACGUUGAUCACAGUGAGCACGUGUGUUCUCGCCGUGGUGUACGGCUCACACACCUCCUGCCCACUGAGCGUCAAGGUCACGCUGCACGUCCCCGAGCACUUUGUCGCAGACGGAAGCAGCUUUGUGGUGAGUAUGGGCAGUUACCUGGACGUGUCUAACUGGCUGAACCCGGCCAAGCUGACGCUGUAUUACCAGUCCAACUCGUCCUCACAGUGGGUGCGUGAUUACUGCGGCCAGAGGACCACAGAUCCCUGCGAACAGCUGUGUGACCAGGAUACUGGAGAAUGCAGCUGCCUGGACGGUUACUCGCCUGACCCUGAACACGCACACCUCUGCAUCCGGACCGACUGGGGACGGAACGAAGGGCCGUGGCCGUACUCAAACCUGGAGCGAGGUUAUGACCUGGUGACGGGAGAACAAGCGCCGGAGAAGAUCUUCAGGUCCUCUUACAGUCUGGGCCAAGGCCUUUGGCUGCCCGUCAGCAAGAGCUUUGUGGUGCCACCAGUCGAGCUGUCAAUCAACCCUGUCGCCAGCUGCAAGACCGAUGUACUCGUCACCGAAGACCCCGGGGACAUCCGGGAAGAGGCCAUGAUGUCCACGCACUUUGAGACAGUAGACGAUUUGCUGGCGUCGUUCGGCCCGGUGAGAGACUGCUCCAAGGACAACGGCGGCUGCAGGAAGAACUUCAAGUGUGUUUCUGACAGACGGCUCGAUUCCACAGGCUGCAUGUGUCCCGAAGGCUUGCGGCCUAUGAAGGACGGAUCAGGUUGCUAUGACUACUCCGUGGGUACAGACUGUACGGACGGGUUUAACGGUGGCUGUGAGCAACUUUGUCUUCAGCAGCUCGUGGCCCUGCCGGACGAUCCCACUUCCAACAAUGUGCUCAUGUUCUGCGGGUGUGUGCAGGAAUACAAGCUGGCAGCAGACGGACGCUCCUGCCUUCUCCUAGCUGAUAACUGCGAAGGCCCCAAGUGCCCUAAACAGGACUCCCGCUUCAAUGACACGCUCUUCAGCGAAAUGCUGCACGGUUACAACAACAAGACGCAAGAGGUCAACCUGGGUCAGGUGUUUCAGAUGACCUUCCGGGACAACAACUUCAUUAAGGAUUUUCCUCAGCUGGCUGAUGGACUGAUGGUCAUCCCUCUGCCGGUAGAAGAGCAGUGUAGAGGAGUGCUGUCAGAACCUCUACCUAACCUACAGCUCCUCAUGGGAGACGCCCAGUUCAGUGAGGGGAUGGGAUAUCCCAUGGUGCAACAGUGGCAAGUCCGGAGCAACCUCUACAGGGUCAAGCUCAGCGCCAUCACUCUGUCUACAGGAUUCUCUAAGGUUCUGAAAUCUCUGACGGCAGACAGCACGCGUGACGAGCUGCUGUCUUUCAUCCAACAGUACGGCAGCCAUUACGUCUCCGAGGCUCUGUACGGCUCCGAGCUCAGCUGUAACAUCUACUUCCCCAGCAAGAAGGUGCAGCAGCAGCUCUGGCUCCAGUAUCAGAAAGAGGUGACAGAGCAGGUGAGCCGCAGGGACCUGAAAGCUGUACCCUUCAUCACUUACCUGUCUGACCUGAUGAAGACUCAGCUGCUGUCUGAUGACCUUGUGGCUGGAGUGGAGAUCCAGUGUCAGGAGAAGGGCAGCUGCCCAGCGGCGUGUCACCUGUGCAGGCAGGUGGGCAGAGACAGUCCGAGCCCCAUGCCGGCAUUGCUGGAGGUCAGCCGCUCGGUGCCACUCUACAGCCUCAUACAGGACAACUUCACCAAAGAGGCCUUCAAGAGUGCCGCGAUGAGCUCAUACUGGUGCACGGGCAAAGGUGACGUCAUCGACAACUGGUGCCGCUGCGACCUGAGCGCCUUCGGCAGCGACGGCCUGCCCAACUGCAGUCCCCUGCUGCAGCCCGUAUUGAGGUUGUCUCCUCACCUGGAGCCCUCGAGCACUGUAGUGGCUCUCGAGUGGGUAGAUGUGGAACCUCUGAUCGGCUACAAAGUGGCCGAUUACAUCAUCCAACAUAAGCGCAUCGAGGACCCAUCCGAAGCCGAGAUCUACACUGGCGAGGUACUGAGUCUGGUGGAUGACUUGUUCUCCGGAUUGGGUUCUUCAUGUGUGGUCCCUGGAAAGAAAAGUGGAGAACAUCCUCAUUCUGUUAUCUACUCCCUCAUCUUUAAGUGCCUGGAACCUGAUAGCCUCUAUAAGUUCACGCUCUAUGCCUUGGACAGCCGUGGCAGCCGUUCCGAGGCGAGCUACGUGACAGUGCGCACUUCCUGUCCAAUAGUUGAUGACAGCAGAGCAGAAGAGAUAGCAGACCGGGUAUACAACCUGUAUAAUGGCUACACGAGUGGCAAGGAGCAGCAAACAGCCUACAACACGCUGAUGGAGGUCUCUCCACCUACACUAUACCGUGUUCAACACCAUUACAACUCGCACUACGAGAAGUUCGGAGACUUUGUGUGGCGGAGCGAGGACGAACUAGGACCCAGGAAAGCUCACCUAAUCCUUAGACGAGUGGAUCGGAUCAGCCUCCUCUGUCGCUCUCUUCUGCGGAGUGGUUACAUCCAGAGCCGGACCGAGUCCAUGUCGUACGUCAUGUGCAGGAGUGAAGACAUGCGAUUGGCUAGCAGCACUUGGCACAGCUCUCUCCAUGAGACCCGGCUAACCUGUGCGGAGAAGAUCCUGUCUGUCCAGCGCAAUAUAUACGGCAAGUCCAAACUCCGGUGAAACAGCCUGUUUCACCUUUUAGACUCGUCCCUAUCUGAUCUGAUCUGUUUUCUAAACCUAUAUGAAAUGCAAGACUGUUCAACCUUUUCACCAAACGAAAGGACUUUCUUUUUUUUUCUUUUUUUUUCGCCACGCGUCCCCUCUGGCUCGUUUUUCAGCAUGGAGGAGGGGUAGAAGAAGGUAGCUUGGAAAUUGAAGAACUUUUACUUUUUACUUUUUGUAAGGACCAGACUAAAGAAGGCCUGAAUGUUAGGUCCUCAC